GACUACUGAAGCAGAACUUGUUUAGCUCUGUGUCCACCCGGCCGUUUCAAAACAACACGCCAGACUAUGUACACAUGCACGAUGGCAUAUUUAUAAACCUGGGUUAUCAGAGACUCCAACGAAAUGUGCCGGCACGGACCUCCUCCCUAAUGGUUUAAUCGCAUGUCAAUCAAAGUGACCAAGGGUUGUGAGCAGACAAAAUUCAGGUCAUGGCUACUGUCUUGUGCAACAUCCUAAAUCAAAAGCUAGUCAUUAAUGCAUUGCUGGUUGGACAAGGUGAACAUGAUAAAGCAAUGAAUUGGUCCAGUGACCUAGCCAGGGACUUGGUGUGAACUAAUACCUGGCUGUGAGAUGAUCAUACUGGCUUUUGUAUGAAGGGAAGAGAUGUGCUGCUGUAGCUGAGCGGCCGGCCAGUGAGCCAGAUAUAGGCAGUCGGGCAGGCAGGCAAACUGGAUCAAUACACGAAGCAAGACUGAUGGCGCUUUGACGUAAGUGCAGUGUUUUAUAGGUGUGCGAUCUUUCUACAUUGAUGCUCUAAAUAUACUGUAUACAGACAGAGUAGCCGAGAAUAAUUCCAUUUGGAAAUCAAAGCUUGUUUGGUCUAUUCCAAGCCUUGUAGCUGCUGGCCUGUGUUAGUGACAAUGCUGUGGGCUGCUGCUGCUGCUGCUUCUGAUGAUGCUUGUGCUGCCGAUGCAUUCCUAGUUUUCGAAUGGGAGAAAUAAUGUCAGCUAGGGUUUGCGACAACGCAAUGGCACCAUCGUCAUCGUGGUAGCUAGGAGAAGAGAUGGUGACCACCAGGCUCUGACCAUAUGAUUUACGGUCAGUGAGAGCCUGGACACUGGGCUCCGUAUCAUGCUGUCUGCAGCGACAACACACUGACUGUCUUAGUAUUGCAGGGACUUCUGUAAUGAUUUGGUGCAGCAUUUAUUAUAGGAUUCCACUUAAAAAGCUUAACAUUCAGCUGUGUCCAGCUACCAUUAUCAAACAGCAGUGUGCUUUCAGCUGUACAUAUGUGGAUAUUGCAGCAUAGUUGCCCAUAGUUCUCAGUCAUCCAGCUUGGGUGGUGACAAGGGAGUAAUCUACAAGAUGGAGACAGUGUGAUUUACAAAUGUGUAGACAUGUCGCAGAUAAAAUCCUCCCGCCCUGGCUUGUGUGAGGAGAAGCUGGCAAUCUUGUGUGUGUGGUAGUCUAAUGGCUAGCAGUCUAACAGCUGUGCCACCUAGAUCAUACAAACACAGCACCAAAAACGAAACAGCACUUUCUCAGCUGUUUUGUAUUUGUUUAGGUUAGGUCAGUUCUAUUGGGAAUUAUUGUCACUUGAGAAGGAGACUUGACCUAGAAACACAGACAUGUUUUACAUGUGCGUCCCUCCCUACCACGUCCUUGUAUAGAACUGUGACAGAUUUAGGUGAAGUGGAGGUCUCUCCCACCCCUGUCCUUUCGUCAUAAAGUCACAGAUUUGGGUGAAGUGGAAGAAACGGUGAAGAGAGAUUCAGAAAUGUGCAGUGAUGAGACAGAAUGUGUGCCCCCUGAUUGUACCGGUCAGACACAACCCAUGCCUGCGGAAGACUACACACAUGCACAAGUCCAGUCUCAGACGCACCUAGACCUGAUGGAGGAGGAUAAACCCCUGAUCCCCGGGGUCACUGUCCGGGCUGCCACGCCCGAACGACUCGUCCACCUAUGUGUCGAGAGCUUUGGGAAGGAUGGACGCCUGGUGGAAGACAAUGAAUUCCCGAGCGUCCUGUUCCUCAUGCACAAAUGGUUUAUGACAUCCGAUGAGAUGGCUGAGGCUUACGUGGAUCUCUAUCAGAGCUGUAGCGAUACUGUGGCGUGUAUGAAGCCAGGCUGUAAUCACCGCCCUUCCAGCAUAGAUUGUCAAAUCCAGAUUUACAAAGCCAAAAUUUGCUAUGCAGUCAGAUUCUGGAUCAGUAAUUUUCCUGUACACUUUGACCUCGACCAUAGACUAUCCACGGUUGUGAAAAGGUUUGCCAAUCUUGUCCAGUGUGAGGGAAAUCUCACCUUAAAACAGCUUAUUGACCUGUCCAAAGUACCUUCAUAUGAUUGGAUGAGGAACAUGUCUGUUCGUAAUCCGUCAAUGCGGCACAACCGGAAGGUAUCCCUGGUGUUCAACCACCUGGAACCCAUGGAACUGGCCGAACACCUCACCUACCUAGAGUACAAGGCCUUCCGCCGGAUCAACUUUACCGACUUUAAAAACUAUGCAGUGACGGCCUCCCUGAAAGACAACCCCAAACUGGAGCGAUCCAUUGCCCUGUUCAACGGUCUGUCGCAGUGGAUCCAGUGUAUGGUCCUUAGCAAGACAACGCCUCAACAGCGAGCAGACGUCAUCGUCAAGUUUGUCAACGUCGCUAAGAAACUAAGGAUUUUACAAAACUUCAACACAUUGAUGUCCGUUGUUGGCGGUCUGACACACAGUGCCCUGGCCAGACUAGCAAAGACCAAUGCCUGCAUUCCCAGUGAAACUCAAAAGACUUUGAUGGAAUUCACAGAACUUUUAUCAUCCAAUAACAACUUUAGUAAUUACAGGAAGGUGUUUAACCAGUGUUGUCACUUUAAAAUUCCAAUAUUGGGAGUACACUUGAAGGACCUCAUCCUGUUACAUACAGCAUUACCAGAUAAAGUGGAGGGAAGUUUGGUGAACUUCAGAAAAAUGGCACAGCUUUCUCAAACCCUUAAAGAACUUACCAAACUACAGAACCACGACAACAUCCCUGUGUGUGCCAACAUGGACCUCGUCAACACACUUAGGCUGUCCCUGGAUCUCCACUACACGGAGGACGAGAUUUAUGAACUCUCCUUGGCCAGAGAACCACGUAACUCCCUGUCAUCACCUUCCACUCCCACCAAGCCAGUGGUAUUUGCUGACUGGUUAGCCGGAGUUAGCCCCCCUGUCCCAAACACGAUUAAUAAACAUGUACACGAUAUGGUGGAAGCAGUGUUUAAAAACUACGACCACGACAAAGACGGGUUUAUCUCUCACGAGGAAUUUGAGUCCAUAGCGGGCAACUUCCCAUUUAUAGAUUCCUUUUGUGUGUUAGAUGCUGACAAGGAUGGAAUGAUCAGCAAGGCAGAGAUGAAGACUUACUUUAUCAGAGCGAAUUGUCACGCACUAAGGAAAUGUUUUAAACAUGACUUCCACGAGAUUACCUACUUCAAACCUACAUUCUGUAUACACUGUACAGGACUGUUGUGGGGACUGAUCAAGCAAGGCUGGAAAUGUAAAGACUGUGGUAUAAAUGCCCAUAAACAUUGUAAAGACCUGGUUGUGAUGGAAUGUCGAAGUAAGCAGCACGCAGCAUGUAACCGACGACAAGAUUCUGUAACAAACGGAACGCCCACUCAAGAAUUAACAUACUCAUCAAAACGGAAAAUGUCACAGCGCCAGAAGCGGAAUCGUGUACACCAAGGGACGCAGACAGAAGAAAUCUACUUCAUGGAUUAUCAAAUGCGAAAUUCCCACAUGAACGGGGAUGGAGAAUAUUACGAGGAACAGGGCCAGCUCUACGACCGUUUAUUAAAGGCAGAGGAGGCCCGUGACAAGUUGAUGGCUGAAAACGCAAGACUAGAGGCCAAGUUAGAGGCUAGCAAUGACCAAAUUGUCACUCUCAAAUCUCAUGUUGGGAUGAUCCGUAAAAACACCAUCACAUUCAUUCUGGAGCAGAUGGACGCCCUUCACAUUCAACGUGAUACUGAAGUAUGAUGAUGUCCAAAGCAGGAG